GAAUGCUCGGGUUGGCUUGAAUGAUUCGCCGUUGGCUUACCUUUCUCGCUCUCUCCGCGCGGUUUUCUUUGAAGUUCUCUUGAAUCUCCCGGAAGUUCUGUUAUCAUGCUUUUGGAAGAAGGAGACGAAGAUCGGAAGUUGUAUUCCUGUAAAACUCUGAACGUGAAUUCAAGUUCGCUCUGUAAUCGUUCGAAUCAGGUAGGCUAUUCUCGCUCCGGUCAUUAUAUUCCUCGUGAAUGUUCUAAAGCUCAAAUGUGCCUUCAAAAGAUUUUGUAUAUAAUUUCGUCUGUUCCUCGCCAAGAAUCGUGUGCGGAUUCGCAAAUCGGAAAAUUAGACCUCGAUAGGAACGUAAGCGGUGGAGGAGGGUUUCGUACUGAUUUUAAUCUGAGAUUUGGCGCGUUUACGGAGGAAGAAGACCAGGAAUCAGUGGCUUUUGUGGAGAAUCGCGAAGGCGGCGGUGGAAGUGGUUCGGUAGAUGCGGUGCCUGUUGUUGGUUCCGCAACAGAGAAGUGCUCGGUCGGCGACGGCGAGAACGCGAAAUGCUCUGAGACUGAGAAAUAUGAAGUCGAAGAACACGCGAUAGAAAUUCCAGAGCGUUCGCAGAUCGCCGAAUUUCACACUCAAAGAGGCGAUACUGAAAACGAAAGCGAAAAGACAGUCGAAGAAGAAGAAGGUAAAGAGAUUAAACCCACGGGGAGUUCCGUUGAUCGAAGCGACGAUAUCAAAGCCGAAACAGUGCCGUUUAGAGGAGCGAAGUGCCAGAGCGGUGGCGAUUGUCUAGGUUUGCUCAUCGAAGCGGCGAGACUGAUAUUUGGAGACAUUGGUGAGAACGAAUUCGACACUGAGUCAACUCAAGAAGAAAAUGAGUCUAACAGCGAGUUAGACAUCAAAGAUCCGAGUCAACUCGAGAAAGUAAUUUCUGAAUCGCAUUCAAGCGAGCCAAAGAGGAAGCUCGAAGGAAAUUGGAUGGUGAUGAAUUUAGUGAGAGAUAUCGACGACAGGUCUCCAUUGGUGAGGUCAAAGAGAGGAAGAAGCCAGGUCUUGCCAUGUCGUUAUAAAGACUCAGUGCUGGAGCCAUGGCGAUCCCAACCAUUGUCGAGCAAGGUCAAGGUCUCAAGAAGACAACGGCGAUCGAGGUAUCGCACGUAGAUCGAAGCUGAAACUGCAGAGGACACGAGAAGACAGAGAGAGGAUCCACCAUUAAUGGCGACUGUACAAUGCAGAGUAAGAACGCAGAACUGAUUUCAAAAGGUGGGUUUCAUUUUAAUAAUGUGUUCUUCUCGAUUCCCUCUUUUUUACUCUCUUUUUGUGGAGAAGAUGGAGAUAAUGAUGAAUGGUAGCGUGUUAAGAAUCAAAAGUUGUCUUGUUAGGCUUCACUUCAUGCGUCUCAAGUCCUAGGAAACAUAAAUCAUCUCUCUCCCAAUCGUCAAAAUGGGAAACAAAUGUCAAACCUUGUUUGUAAUCUAUUUAGAUUAAACAUUGAACAAAUCUUAACUUUAUAAUGGAUAUUUUAGCCCUAAAUUGUGUAGCAAA